UAAAAUAUUCCUUCAGGGUGGGAAGAAGGGUUGACAGGCUGAGAGAGUCAUGGCUGGUCAGCCUGGAGAACAGAACGUUCCAGGGAGACGUUGGUGCCUCUUCCAGUACUUAAAAGGGGCUUAGAAAAAGGCUGGAGGGGUACUUUGGACAAGAGCCUGUAGUGAUAGGACACAAGAAAAAUGGCCUUAAGCUGAAGGUGGGUAGAUUUAGAUUAGGUGUUAGGAGGGAAUUUCUGGCUGUGGGUGCGGGCAGGCCCUGGCACAGAGCAGCUGUGGCUGCCCCUGGAUCCCUGGCAGUGCCCAAGGCCAGGCUGGACAGGCCUCAGGCCUUGGAGCACCCUGGAAUAGUGGAAGGUGGCCCUGCCCACGGCAGGGGUGGCACUGGGUGGUCAUAAAGUCCCUUCUACCCAGAGCAUUCCACGUCUCUAUGACUCCGUGCUGCCCCUCCCUGCCAUGCCAGCACUCAGAACCAGCCCCUCUGUGACAGCGGCCCUGGCCCGGGCACUGUGAGCACCACGAAGGCUGUGGGUGCUGUGGCAGUGGCCGCACUGGAGGUGACAGCUCUGCGCUGGCUCUGCCACCUGCGCUGGCGCCGAUGGCUUUGCUGGGGCUGCUCGUGCUGCUGGCCCUGGCCGGGCCCGUGGGGGGCACCUGGGACACCUGCAGAAGAACCUGCAGGCUCCGGCCCAUGGCCUCUGACCACAGUUCCAUGACUUCUGCUGCUGGCACGUCCCGUGAGGGUGACACCAGUGUCCCCUCUGGGGCCUGGCCCAGCAUCGUCAGCAUCCAGGCCACCUGGGAGAACGGCACGUGGCACAUGUGCACGGGUGUCCUCCUCAGCUCCCAGUGGGUGCUCACGGUGGCACACUGCUUCGCCAGAGCCGGGGGCAUCUCCACGUGGGACGUGGUGAUUGGGGCCACAGAUCUGACUCAGCCAGGCCCUGGGGCUGUGGUGAGACGCAUCCAGAGGCUCCUGGUGCACCAGCACUACGUGGUUGCCACGGCCAGGAACGACAUCGCCCUGGUGGAGCUGGACCAGCCCGUGGAGUGCAGCAACUACAUCCAGCUGGCCUGUGUGCCCGACCCCUCACUCAGGGUCUCGGAGCUGAAAUCCUGCUACAUCGCCGGCUGGAACUUUGCCAGAGGUGAGUUCCCAACAGGAUCCAUGGUGCUGCAGGAGGCCAAGGUUCACCUCAUGGACACACAGCUCUGCAACAGCAGCCGGUGGUACGCGGGGGCCAUCCACCCCCGCAACCUGUGUGCUGGGUACCCACAGGGCGGCAUCGACACCUGCCAGGGGGACAGCGGGGGUCCCCUCGUCUGCAAGGACAAUGCAGCUGACUACUACUGGCUGGUGGGAUUGAACAGCUGGGGAAGAGGCUGUGACAGAGCCAGGCACCCCGGGAUCUACACCUCCACUCAGCACUUCUACAACUGGAUCCUGCUCCAGACGGGCCUGAGCCCAGCAGAAAGAGCUGGUCCAGCACCGGAGCCACCUGUCACCUCGGCCCCCGAGGAGGAGCCUGAGGAACCAGAGGAAGAGAUCAACUUGACCCCUGAGUACAACGAGAAACCAGCAGUGACAUCCUCGGGCACGACACUGCCCAUGGCAUUCCCACACCAGAUCCUGGUGCAAUUCUGGAAUCUGGUGCAGGAGUUCCUGCAGUUUUAGAAGGACAAAAAGCCUGAGCAGCAGCAGGAUGAGCAGGAUCCAGGGCUACAGUGGAUCACGGCAGCUCCAAGGCAGCCUCGGGGCCAGAGGCUUCUCUGUCCUGCCCACGCUGCUGCGCUGCAGCCACAGCGAUGCUGACGUGACUGAGGUGUUGAAGUAAAGUUUCUGUGUUCACCAUUA